AUGAGGCUAUGCGUCGUCAUGUGUACCAAUGUAGCAAUGACAUUAAUAGUGUUAGCGCCCUUAGGGUGCCCCAACCUCACCGUCGUGACAGACCACCGCCCAUUAACCAAGUUGCUGGGGGAUCGGGCCCUUACGGAAAUCUCCAACCCCCGUCUCUUCAGGCUGAAGGAGAGAACCCUGCAGUACCGCUUCAGGGUCAAGCAUCUGCACGGGAAGCGUAACAGUGCGGCAGACUUCCUAUCACGAUACCCCACCUUGAAAGCCGAUCCUAGCACCCAUGACGUGGACCUUGACGAGGACCUCACCGACGCCAUGGCGGCCGCUGUCUUGGCAGCAGUAGAGCACGACAGCUGCGUCGUGGACGAGGCGAGUGUCAGACAUGCCGCCAUCCGCGACCCCGUGUAUCAGCUGCUCAUGGCCAGGGUCCUGGCUGGGGACUGGGCGGACAGGAAGUCCCAGGAAGUUGCAUGCCUUCGGCCCUUCUACGGUGUCAGGGAGAGGCUGGCCGUCGUCCAAGACUUAGUGACAUACACAUUUGAACAGGGCAACGUUCGCCUAGUUAUACCGGAGCCCCUUCGUCAGCAGGUGGCUGCCAACCUACACGCGGGGCACCAAGGCCUGGACUCCAUGCAACGACGAGCACACCAGACGGUAUACUGGCCUGGACUCGAGGGGGACCUGCAGUAUCGCCGCUCCUUGUGCGAAGAAUGCGACGUUCACACACCAUCCCAGGCCGCGGAGGAAUUCAUCAUUACGCCGCCCCCUGAGUACCCCUCCCAGAUGACGGUAGCAGAUAUGUUCCAGCACGACGGACACAUGUACAUGGCCUACGCAGAUAGGCUCACAGGUUGGCUGGAGCUGGCCCACUUCCCCCACGGUACCUCCUCCUCUCACAUCAAGACCCAGCUACGUCGCUACUUCGCCAGGUGGGGGGCCCCGGAGCAAAUCUCCACGGACGGGGGUACUAAUCUGGCAAGCGAAGAAAUGGGGGAAUUUUUCAAGUGUGGGGCGUGUCCGCGCGACUAUCAUCUGCCCAGUACCCUCAGUCCAACGGCAGGGCAGAGGACGCGGUCAAGGUUGGGAAGCGGAUAA